CUGAUUGGCGGCGAAACUCACCAAUGGGAGGGUUGCAAACGGCUGGGCCCCUGGCCGCGCUCGGGCGGUGCAGAGUAGCUGCUGCUGGUGUCGGCGGCAGGGAGGAUUCCCGGCCCCAGGUCACCAUGCUGCCUACAAAGGUGGAAAUCGAGAAGCAGGAUCAGGAGACGACCAAUGCCCGGAGCCGUCUUGAUGCUGUGCUGCAGUGUCUGCUGGAGAAGAGCGAUGUGGACCGGGAACAGAUGGACGAGGAUGCCGGGAAGACCUCCAGCGACCCGCUCAGCAAAGACUCCUCCCCCUCCGCAGCUGGGAAGAGGCCCUCCGCACGGUUCUCUCAUCACCGGCGCAAGAAGAGGAAGGAGACAGAUGACGGAUUGACUGAGAGUGGCCAGCAGAGACAGAACACCUACAUCAUCAAGCUAUUUGACCGGAGUGUGGACCUGGCGCAGUUUGCAGAGAGCACCCCGCUGUACCCCAUCUGCCGGGCCUGGAUGAGGAACAGUCCUGCUGUGCGCGAGAGGGAGCGCUCGCCCAGCCCCCCACUGCCCACCCUGCCCGAGGAUGAGGAGGGGGCUGAGGGGCUGAACGGGAAGAGCCAGGAUGUGUACAAGCUGCCCCCACCGUGUGCUGGCCUGGAGAAUGCAGGCGGGGAGUCUGUGAGCGCCAGGAUACCCUCCCCACUGCCGCCCGAGGAUGGGGAGUCGCCCCCUGACAUGAUCCUUGAUGCACGGCCCUCGAUGUCUUCACUCAUCUAUAAAAACAUGGAGCGCUGGAAGAAGAUCCGCCAGCGGUGGAAGGAGGCAUCACACCGGAACCAGCUGCGCUACACCGAGAGCAUGAAGAUCCUCAAGGAGAUGUAUGAGCGGCAGUGAUGGGCCCCACACUCUGGCCAGGCCCCCCCGGGAGUGGAGCCGCUUCAGUGCCCCACCUCUGGGGGGAGCCAUUCCUAGUAGAAAGCAGACUCGUACCCUGGGCUUGGUGCUGGGGAGAGUGGUCUAGCUCAGGGCUGCCCCUCACGCCCCGCUUCUGCCCCCUGGCUGAGCUCUGUAAGGGGUGGGGCUGCCCCCAGUGGAGGCAGUGGCUCGUGCAUGUAAAGGGACCUAGUCUCUCAUCCCACCAUCUCUCUUCCCCCUACUCCCCCCAACUGUUCUAACAUAGCCAAUAAACAGAGUCCCUGGC